ACUCGUAGAUUUUUCAUAUGGUUGCAAUAGUUUCGUACCGAAUUUCAACCACCAAUCUUAUGAUGAGUUAGAGCUAUGUCCUAUAGAGAGAAUCAUGAUAAUCCGUACAUUGACAUUUGGCUUUCAUCUAAUAUAAUUAAUAAAUCAUUUCCAGCUCUACAAUUAGAUUUAAAAUCAUCGGGCGAUAUUCUCUUAAAUUUAGUUCGUUAUGAAUUAGGGGAGACUGAAGCAAAGAAUCGAGCUAAUUUUAUUAAUGAAAUUAAUCAGCAAGAUUUUGAAUCACUUAUCAUUAAUGGUCAUUUUAACUUGGCUUUAAAUAAAAUUAAUGAAAAAAUAUCAACUUACCCCAACAAGCUUGCCUGCCUACCAUUAUGGAUUUUGAGAAUUAUACUUUGUUUACGCCUGAAAUCAAUAAAUGUUGUUGAAGAAGAAAUAGAAAAUUUUUCAAAUUUUGAAUAUCCAGAAUUUUAUUCCGAUACUCCCACGCAAUUACCAGAUAUCCAACACAAUAAUCUAGUUGGUACCAUAGUUCCAUUUUCUUUCCGCAUCCUAUACGCUUUGUUUCCCGCAUAUAAACAAGACUACGAGAAAGCCAUAAAGCGUUUGACGGGCCUAUUACAAGAGAUAUUACAAAUUCUGAGCAAAUUGAAAACAAUCUGCGACGAUAAAAACGAUAUCUACUACCUGAAUGGAAUUGAAUUAUGGGAGGAGAGGCAGAGAAGGGUUCAGUAUUGCCUGGUAGCCUGCUUCGUUUCUAAUAACGACUACUCGACGGCUUUCGAAGUAUUGACGGAUUUGAUCGAAAAAUCUGGAUUCGCAAGAAACUUUGAGGCCAAAAUGCAAUUCUCUUUAUAUCUCAUCCGAAUAUUGAUUCAAUUAGGAAACUUAGCCUUAGCUCAGAAGUAUUUGGAAACGUUGCAAGAAUUAUCCACGACUUUCCCCCAAAAUGCGGGUUAUAUAGUCUUGCACCAGGGGUUAUUGUAUAUGGCUCACAAUGAUUUUGAUCGUGCUAACACAUCUUUUUCCGAAGCUAUAUCUCUCUGUCCUCAUCUGAAGCCUAUUGCAAAGAACAAUAUUUCCUUGUCCAUGCUAUACAUCGGAAAGUUAAAGGAGGCCAUAUCAUUGUUAGAAACAGAGCUUGAAGCGGAUCCCCAUGUUAUGAUGCACGAAUGUAUCAUUUUCAACCUUUGCUCAAUGUACGAAUUGCAGUCCAGUAACAAUAUAUAUUACAAAAGACUCUUACUUCAAAAAGUUAGCAGGAUCAAGGGAGAUGGCUUUAGCCCUGAAUGCUUUAAAUUAUCCUAAACUACUUAUAAAUUUAUUAUAAUUUAUAUGUUUUAUUAUUGUAAUUUAAUAUUAUAGAAUAGCUUAUAAUAUAAAAUACAGUAUAUUAAUUCAUUUCAGUUUAAAUAUGUAAAUUUUCGCGGAUAAUUAAAUAGUUUUUUUUUCCGGUCAUGGGUUACUUUAUUUGAAUAUUUACUGAUAUGAUAUGAU